AUGGCGACGAAAGCGGCUAUUCCGUUUCUGGUCACAAUGAUGCUUGUGACCGGGGUGUGCAAUACGAUUCUCAACAAGUAUCAGGACAUGCAAUGUGUAAGAAACUGUGACUCUCCGAAUCCGAAGGAUCAUCGUCUAUUCGAACAGCCAGUUAUUCAGACUAUCCAGAUGUUCAUCGGCGAAAUGGGCUGCUGGCUCGUUGUUCUUCUCUCUCAUGUCUACCAACGCUAUCUAUCUCCCCGUCUUUCCGGAAACCAAUCGCCUCUCCUCGCCGGUGGCUACCGCCCUGUGAAUACUGCGGAUGGAGACCAGGAUGAGGAGGAUCAAACAAUUGACGGGCCCAAUGAUGCUGAGGAUCCUUCAAAGCCUUUGCGUCUUGCCGACGGACGUAUCCCAUUACGAGGCGUCAGGACAUUCCUUCUUGCAGCGCCGGCAUGCUGUGACAUCGCGGGGACUACUCUGAUGAAUGUUGGUCUGCUAUUCGUCGCGGCCAGUAUCUAUCAGAUGACCCGUGGCGCACUGGUCCUUUUUGUCGGACUCUUUAGUGUUAUAUUCCUUCACCGCAAACUUUAUCUCUACCAGUGGUUCGCUCUCUUUGUCGUGGUCCUUGGUGUUGCGUUGGUCGGUCUUGCAGGUGCGCUCUUCGGCAGCAACCAAGGCCACGAUAUUACUCAAGAAAGUAUCGUGGCGGCCGUCGGCUCCGCAACUGUGGAGAUUCGGACCGUCGCUCAGACCCCGGAAGCUCUCAGAGCUGUUGUUGGUGUGCUUCUUAUUGCUGCGGCUCAAAUCUUCACUGCCUCACAAUUUGUUCUCGAAGAAUGGAUCCUGGAGAAUUAUGCCAUGGAGCCACUCCAGGUCGUCGGAUGGGAAGGUAUCUUUGGAUUCAGUGUGACUGUUAUUGCGUCAAUUAUCCUGUACUUCGGCGUGGGCCGCACAGAAGCAGGCCGCUACGGUUAUUUUGAUGCAAAGGAAGGUUGGCACCAGGUCUUGACUCACAGGGCCGUCGCUGUCUCAAGCGUCAUGAUCAUGAUUAGCAUCGGUGGUUUCAACUUUUUCGGGCUCUCGGUUACGCGAACCGUCUCCGCGACAAGUCGAUCGACGAUUGAUACCUGCCGCACCCUGUUCAUCUGGCUUGUCUCCCUUGGCCUAGGCUGGGAGACAUUCAAAUGGCUCCAAGUCGUCGGAUUUGCCCUGCUCGUGUACGGGACCUUCCUCUUCAACGACAUCAUCCGCCCCCCGCUCAAAGCCUGUCUUCCGAGCGAACAUAGGGAUCGUGUGCUCUUACCUGAAGAGCCCAUUGAACACAACUAG